AUGUUAUAUACUGUAUGUGCUGACAAUAUAAAACAGUAUGCUCUGAUCCUUCCGGCCAUGAUAAAGAGCGGGCAGACAGAGAAGGUCUGUGUUAACCUAGUGGGACACGAGGAAGCCCUUUUCCUUAAUGUUGUGCUACAACACAAUGGGUUGAACACCACCAUAUUUGAUGAGAACGUACCAGUAAAUCAGUACUACAAGUGUAAUGAUUUCACGGUACCAUCUGUGGAACAGUCUGUACCUGUAUUUGUGCUCUUGUCUGCAAAAGGAAACAACAGCAAUGUCCUGGAGCGCAAAUCAGUGGUGAUAGAUUCUUUGGAGAAUAUCUACAAGAUCCAGAUGGACAAACCCAUUUAUAGACCUGGACAUAAAGUGCGAUUUCGUUUAAUAUCACUGAAUUCACAGCUUCAACCAAUAAAAACAAUAUACCCUGUGACCUAUCUGAAGGACCCCUCAGGAAGCCGUGUUGCACAAUGGCUAAACCAGGAGUCAGAUCGUGGGAUUUUGUCUUUUGAAUUCCAGCUGAUUCGUGAUGCUCUUCCGGGUUCCUACUCUAUCACAGCGGAGAAACAGUCUGGAAAUCCGUUAUACCAGUAUUUUACAGUGGAGGAAUACGAAUUUAUCUCCAAAUGGAACAGCAUUCUAGAUGCAUGCUCAUUUGCAUUAAUUGAUUUGCUCAUGGAGCACAAAAGAAAACAAAAAGCAGAGCUGUUACAGGAGAUGAAAGAGGUUCAAAACAAACUUAGAGAUUUUCAACAUCACAAAGACUUUAAGGAAUAUGACAAAAAAUUUGAAACAACCAUGAAUACUUUCAGACAAGAAAUAUGGCAAUUUAAGUCAAGAAAAAUAACAAGAGACAAAAAAGAUUACGAUCAGAAACAAGUUUACAGAUGGACACAGGAAGAAUAUCCUAGGAGAUUUCAGAGAAGGCAACAGAGAAGAAUACAUAAAGGAGGAAAAACUGUGACAUUCUCAGACACAGAAUACGAAUUUGACUCAUCUGAUAAUGAUUUGCAGACUGAGGAAGAAACACCAGCAGUAUUUCAAGAACUGGAGCUCGGCCCUGACGGGACAUACAAUGGAAUCCUUGAUCUUGCCUCAUUUCAUAUGCAACUAUCAGGUUUUGAGAUGAGCCUCACAUUAGACAUCACAGUGACAGAGGAAGGCACAGGGGUCCAAGUCACAGAAAGUCGCUAUGUGCAAAUCACCAGCCAACUUGCCAAAAUCCGUUUUGAGUCCAUGAACCCAAACUACAAGAGAGGGAUCCCUUAUGUUGUUAUGAUAAAGCUGAUGGAUGAAAGUGACCGACCCAUGCCUAAUAAAGAGAUUGAGCUGGAGAUUGAAGGGGAGACAAACCAGAAAGUAACCACAGAUGAAGCUGGAAAAGCAGAAUAUGCCAUUGAUACGUCCAGCUUCGUAAGGACAAAUUUUACACUGAAGGCCAGUUACCAGGAUCCUGACCAAUGUUAUUACACAUCGUGGAGGGAAUACCCUGACUACCCUACAGCUGAAUAUACAAUCCAGAGAUUUUAUUCCCAGAGUGGAAGCUUUGUGCAGGUGCUGCCCCCUAAGGGGGAGAUGAGGUGUGGACAAAAUUACAACAUUGAUGUGCAGUACAUAUUGACCAUGGCAGGAGUCGGCAAAGGUGCCGAAAAAGCCACCUUCUACUUCUUGGUGAUGUCACGGGCAGAGAUUGUACACUAUGGGCAGCAGGAAGUUGACUUUAAAGACUCAGUGAGCAGCUCAUUUUCAUUUGAUCUCCCCAUUACCGCUAGCUUUGCCCCCAGUGCUGAUUUUGUUGUAUACAGCAUCCUGCAGAAAGAGAUCAUUGUGGACACUGUACGCCUAAGCAUAGAGAAAUGCUUCAAAAAUGAGGUAUCUCUGAGCUUCUCUGAAGAACAAGGAGCUCCGGCCUCCAGCGUUGACCUGCUGUUCGCAGGAGCUGCUGACUCCCUCUGUGCCUUUAGAGUUAUUGACUAUAGCCUCAUGCUGCUCAAUCCGUAUGAGUCCUUCUCAGCUGAAAGUGUGUACAAUUCCAUGAGAUAUCGCUCUCUCUACGGAUACUAUGUAAACAGAUUUAAUGUGGAGGACACAGAGCCCCCCUGUGAUGAUCCUGAUAAACAAAUAUUUUACAAUGGAAAUUAUUAUGUGCCAGUGAGCAGUGAACGCGAAGGAGACUCCUACCAAAAAGUCAAGAAACUCGGGCUGGUGUUUGGGACACAGGCCAGGCUAAGAAAACCCAUGGUUUGUAAAAAAGAAACACAGCAACAUGUUUAUCCAUUGAUCAUGGAGUCCAGUUCUCUAAGGGGUUUCUCUCCAGCAGCUAAACCUAUGAUGAAGAACGCAGGAUUGUUAGCAGAUGUGAGCGACAUGGAGGCUCCAAUGUCAGCAGCAACAGAACAAACAGGCUCCAUAGAAACAGUUCGGAAAAACUUUGCAGACAACUGGGUGUGGGAAAUUGCUUCAGUUGGGUCAGACGGCCGGGGUACAAUCCCGUUGGUGGUCCCAGAUACCAUAACGCAAUGGAAAGGUUCCAUGUUUUGUGUGUCAGAGCAGGAAGGGUUUGGGAUGACGAGAAGCCCAGCCAACUUCACCUCUUUCCAGCCAUUCUUUGCAGAGAUGUCACUUCCUUACUCUAUUGUCAGAGGCGAGACGCUGGUUCUGAAGGCAUUUGUGCCAAACUAUUUAGAGUAUUGCAUCAAGCAAGCAUUACACCGGCUUAUUAAGAUGACCUCCAGACAAAAAAUAAAAGGGGAUAAGACCAGCAAACAAGGGCCUCAAUCUUCCACUCUUUCUACGUUCUUUGCCACGCGGGAACAAACAGAUACUGAACACUCUCAAACUAUAAUGGAGGACACUGAGAAUCAGGUACAAUCCACCUUAGACACAACAUCGUCUCAAAGCCAGCUGACACACAUACAGACCAUCAUGGAAAAACUUCCUUCCAAAUCAGAUAUAGCAGACCUCAAGGCAUUCAUAAAAUCUGAAAUAACAACUAUGAGAAAAGAUAUUAAUGAUCUGGGGGCCAGGAUAGAGGACCUGGAAGAAGCACAGGACACCAUCAACACAAUGAUUUCUUCAACCGAAACAUGCCUAGCACAACACGCUUCUACUAUUUCAACCUUACAAAAUAAGGUCGAAGACCUUGAAAAUAGAAGCAGGCGCAAUAACUUAAGAAUCCGCGGAUUACCUGAAGAAAUAACCCCAGAUAAGCUCCAACCUUACUUGAUUGGUGGUACAAUGCAUUGGGAACGAGAAAGAAAGAAUGAAAAAAUAAACAUCCCAUUCCUGCCUCAUCCUAAUUCUCCUGCUGAUGUGGAAAUUACAUCCUACAUCUUGCUUAGCAUUGCCAAGGGCCCCAAUAUCACAAAAGAUGACUCAAACACCAUGGCCCAAAUAGCAGUAUGGGUUAUCCAGCAGCAGAAUUCAAAUGGGGGAUUCCGCUCCACACAGGAUACAGUUGUGGCCUUGCAAGCACUUUCUGCCUCAGCCCAGGUUAUAUACACACCAAAUGCUCACCACAAUGUGAUUGUGACAAGAAGGAAUAGGGCAGUGAAAAAAGGAAAUAUGAAGGUUGCACAGUGUAGUAUGAAUCAAGAAAACAGGUUGUUGGUUCAGAGACAAUCACUAACAAAAGUGCCAGGAGAUUAUACAAUUUUUGUCAGUGGAACAGGAUGCUGCCUUAUCCAGACUACAGUGAAAUACAAUGUCCCGGUGUCACAGGAAAAGUCGGCCUUCUCACUGUCAGUUACCUCAUCCUCUGAGAGUUGUGUAAACGGUGUGGCGUAUACCUUUACUAUUGGUAUCAAUAUCAGCUAUAGAGGCAGCCGUCAGAAGCCCAACAUGGUUAUAAUUGAUAUAAAAAUGCUAUCGGGGUACACAGCAGAUUACUGGUCCCUCAGAGAGAUGACGAAGUCUAAAUUAGUUUCCAAAAGUGAAGAACAAAAUGGUCAUGUGUUUCUGUAUCUGAACUCUGUAAGUUGUGUGCCCAGAUCUUUGUGUUUAUGUGCUUUAUCUAUUGCCCUUUAA